AUCACGUGUGCUACAGAUACAACUAAUACCGUAUACACAUUCAUAAACUCAGUUAUAUGCUGAUUAGAAAUAAAUAAUUAAAAAUACAUAAAAAUAAAAAUAAAAAUAAAAAUAAAAAAUACUUAGUAGAGUCCUAUAUAUACUAUAUAUGCCACCUUAGCUUUAAUGCAUGAUUCAUUACUUUUACAAGUUUGCAACACUUCUAACAAAAGAGAAAAAAACAUGGAGGUAGAGAGAGUUCAAGCACUGGCCCAUGGAGCCCUCCAUGAGCUCCCUGAGCAGUUCAUCCGGCCGGUCAACGAGCGGCCGGAGAACACCAAGGCCGUCGAGGGCAUGACCGUGCCGGUGAUCUCUUUAUCUUUGCCGCACGAUGUGCUCGUGGACGAAAUAUCCAAGGCAUGUAGUGAGUGGGGAUUUUUCCUCAUCACAGAUCAUGGUGUGGCGUCGCGGUUGAUCCAACGGCUGCAAGAGGUGGGAGAGGAGUUCUUUGAGCUCCCACAGAAGGAGAAAGAGAGCUAUGCGAAUGAUCCUUCUAAUGGGAAGUUUGAUGGGUAUGGGACAAAGAUGACUAAGAACCUUGAUGAAAAGGUUGAAUGGGUUGACUAUUUUUUUCAUAUCAUGUACCCUCCUCCUAAAGUCAACCAUGAUAUAUGGCCCAAGAAUCCUCCUUCUUACCGAGAAGUGACAGAAAAAUACAACGAAAAAAUGGUGGGAGUAACAAAUAAGCUGUUGGAGCUGCUGUCAGAGGGAUUGGGUCUGGAAGAAAAUGUUCUCAAGUCUUGCCUCUGUGGUGAAGAAAUAGAACUGGAAAUGAAAAUCAACAUGUACCCACCAUGCCCACAACCUCACCUGGCUCUUGGAGUUGAACCUCACACUGACAUGUCUGCGCUCACAAUACUUGUCCCGAACGACGUUCCGGGCCUUCAGGUUUGGAAGGAUGGUAACUGGGUUGCUGUUAACUAUCUGCAAAAUGCACUCUUUGUCCAUGUUGGAGAUCAAAUUGAGGUACUAAGCAAUGGGAAGUACAAGAGUGUUCUUCACAGGAGUUUGGUGAACAAGGAAAGGACACGCAUGUCGUGGGCUGUGUUUUGUGUGCCUCCACAAGAAGCAAUGAUCGGACCUCUACCGGAGCUCGUGGAUGAGAAAAACCCAGCAAAAUAUUCAACCAAAACAUAUGCUGAGUACCGCUACCGCAAAUUCAAUAAGCUCCCACAAUAG